AUGGCUCCUCGAAAACGAAUAAAGAAGCACCCACUCCCUCCGAGCCAUCAUACCAAAUGCCCCCCCUUCCACUCCUCGUCGGAAUGGGUAGAGGCGCUUACGACACAACAGGAGUCCCUAAACCUCAACCUCCGCCAAAGCCUCGAUACGUGUCACGGCAAACAAGAGCAUCAGGCAAGUAACCCGAUAAGCAAACUCUUCCUCACUCGGUUCCCUUUAUCUCUGCGGAAUUUGGUUGCCAGUUAA